UGGCCCGAGCCGGGAGUCUUCCGGUCCGGCUCUCUGCGUUCUCGCGCCAGUCUUUCUGGGAAACCUGUUCGCCAGACACCCGGUCACCAGGGCCACCAGACUCGUCUACGCUCCGAGAAGCAGGUCAAGCCUGCCGCCCUGCCGCCCGGGCACCAGACGACUCAUGGCGCCUCCGAAAGAGAGGCACAGGCGCAGUCGUCCUGUUGGCAGGCUCCGCCUCACCUCCUCCUCAGGCCGGCGCGGCCUCGAACCAGCGACCCUCUUCACGCCGACGAAAGCGGCCCCGAAGCCCGCAUCCCGACUCCGAGUGCAGGGCAAACGCAGCUGCGCCUCUCCAACGGGCCUAGCCUCGGACCGGGCAGCAAUCUGCUCGCCCUGACUCUGGCCAGUGAGGAUACUGGGAUACCGUUGCGUGAGCUGAUCCGCUCCAAGCAGACCUCAGGCCUCGAGUUGGAUGAGGCGAUUCGUCGGCGCUACUCGGAGGAGGGCGCCACACACCUCUAG